GGGUUCCCAGCGGAAGUGGCGGCGGCGCUGCCAUGGCAAAAUAACUCCUCCCGGAGAAUCCCAAUUCGUGGUCCUCAGAAUUGGUUUAGGGUUGUUUCGCGGUUCCUCCCAUAUUCUGCCUCCGAGGCCCAGUGGGGCCGGCUGUGGGCCCUUUAUGCUGUUUGAGGCGUGAAACUCACCUCAGGAAAUGCAUCUGAUCCAUUAGCGUGGAUUCAUAUUAUUUGGUGAUGGAGAAUCUUCAGCUGUGUUAAGUGUUACCGUCAGUUUCAGAGAUGGCUUCUUUGCAAAGGAAAGGGCUGCAGGCAAGGAUUCUCACCUCUGAAGAAGAGGAGAAACUGAAAAGAGACCAAACUUUGGUGUCUGAUUUUAAACAGCAGAAAUUGGAACAAGAGGCUCAGAAAAAUUGGGAUCUUUUUUACAAAAGAAAUAGCACUAAUUUCUUCAAAGACAGACACUGGACCACCAGAGAGUUUGAGGAGCUAAGAUCAUGUAGAGAGUUUGAAGAUCAAAAGUUAACAAUGCUUGAAGCUGGCUGUGGGGUUGGAAACUGUUUAUUCCCACUUUUAGAAGAAGAUCCGAAUAUCUUUGCCUAUGCCUGUGAUUUUUCUCCAAGAGCAGUUGAAUAUGUUAAGCAAAAUCCUUUAUAUGACACAGAAAGAUGCAAGGUAUUCCAGUGUGAUCUGACCAAAGAUGAUCUUCUGGAUCAUGUACCUCCAGAGUCUGUGGAUGUUGUUAUGUUGAUAUUUGUGCUGUCAGCUGUUCAUCCUGAUAAGAUGCACCUUGUCUUACAAAACAUUUACAAGUGCCAUGGCUGCUCUUCAGAGCUUCGCCAGCCCCGGGACAAGGAUGAUUUUGCAGUUACCUGGGAUCCAUGGAGUCCUGCUAUAAGGCUGCUUGGAGAAGGCUUGCGACAUGUGCACGAGACCCUGAAACAAGCCCUCUACUGCACAAUAUUUACCCAGCACCUGUAAGGCACAGACCUGGCCCCUGCCCUUGAAGAGCUCACAAGCCUUCUCUGGUGUCAGUGACUCCCCUAAUGAGCUUGGGUUAAUGAACAGCCUCUGACAUGCCAUGUGGAUUCCCUACUAGGAAUUGUGCUGGAAUAAGAGGGAGGGCAAGUCAGAAACUUCUUGUCCAGUUAAAAAUAAAGCAAAUUUGACAGUAUAAUGCCUUGAGAUUACUUUCCCAUGGCACGAAGUCAGGAAACCUUUUUCUGUAGAAUUGAUUGGAUCUGUUUUGGGGUUUGGUUUUUUUGUUGUUUUUGAGACAGAGUCUAAUUCUGUCACCCAGGCUGGAGUGCAGUGGUGUGAUCUCGGCUCACUGCAGCCUCCACCUUCCAGACUCAAGUGAUCCACCGAAGCCUCCCGAGUAGCUGGGACCACAGACACAUGCUACCAUGGCUGGCUAAUUUCUUGUAUUUUUGGUAGAGUCGGGGUUUCACCAUGUUGCCCAUGCUGGUCUUGAACUCCUGAGCUCAAGUGAUCCAUCUGUCUCAGCCUCCAAAAGUGGUGGGAUUACAGGUGUUAGUCACCAUGCCUGUCCUAGAUCUGUUUUAAAAUAAAUAUGCAAAUUGGCUGUAAAGAGGCGUUUAUUUGUUUUUGAGACAGUCUUACAGGGUGGAGUGCAGUGGUGUGAUCUUGGCUCACUGCAACCUCCACCACCCAGGCUCAAGUGAUUCUCAUGCCUCAGCCUCCCAAGUAGCAAGGAUUACAAGUGUGUGCCACCACACCCAACUAAUUUUUGUAUUUUUAGUAGAGAUGCGGUUUUGCCAUGUUGACCAGGCUGGUCUCGAUCUCCUGGUCUCAAGUGAUCUGCCCACUUCAGCCUCCCAAAAUUCUGGGACUGCAGGCGUGAGCCACCAUGCCCAGCCUAAAGAGGUAUUUAAAAAGUCAUUUUUGAUAAGAAAAUGUGGAACAUUAUUUCGGUCUUUUAGGUGUCUUGAACAUAGUCUACCUAAUCAUCUAGACAGGAAGAUAAUUACCUUAACCUCUAUUUUAACAUUUUUCUUCUUGAAAUGAAAUAUUCUUUUAGAUACCAAAAUGAAUUAAAAUUGAGUGAUUACUAUUAAAGCUGCAAAAUUAUUUGGGAGACUGAGAUAGAAGGAUCACUUGAGCUCAGGAGUUCGAGACCAGCCUGGGCAACAGUGAAACUUUCUCUCUACUAAAAAUUAAAAAAAAAAAAAAUAGCCAGGAGUGGUGGCAUGCACUUGUGGUCCCAGCUGCUUAGGAGGCUGAGGCAAGAGGAUCAUUUGGCCCAGAAGAUAGAGGCUGCAGUGAGCUAUGAUCAUACCACUGCCCUCCAGCCUGGGCGACAGAGCGAGAAGCCUAUCUCAAAAAAACAAAUCAAAACAAAAAAAAUGCAAAAUUAUCAAAAUAGAUUAAAAUUCAAAAGAUGUUUUAAUUCGUAAAAUUUAAACUAAUUGUAAAUAUUGAGAAGAUUCAGUGAUAUCUGCCGAGUGCUUCAGAGCAUGUUCUCUGGAGCAAUGCUCUUAGUAAGUGUCUUUAUUUUUGCUGCCUCACCAUUUAUUCUAUUUGUUUCAUUUAAUGUGUAGUGAUGUAUUAUUUGGGUUAGAUUUUCCUGGAGCUAGGUCACCACUGGGUGUUUUUCUCCACUCUGAUCACAAAUUUUCCUUCUUCGUGUUAGGAUGAAUAAGAUGUUUGAUGUAAACAAAUUGAGCACAUGUAGACCUUGUAGGAGUAUAGCCAAUUUUUAUGUUUUUGUUCAGAGAUGGGAAACAAUAAGAUGAUUUUUAAAAAUAAAUCUAAUCGGCCGGGCCCAGUGGCUCAUGCAUGUUAUCUCAGCACUUUGGGAGGCCAAGACUGGGGGAUCAUUUGAGGUCAGGGGUUUGAGACCAGCCUGGCCAACAUGGCGAAACCCUGUCUCUACUAAAAAUACAAAAAAAUUAACCAGGCAUGGUAGUGUGUGCCUGUAGUCCCAGCUACUUAAGAGGCUGAGGCAGGAGAAUCACUUAAGCCCAGGAAGCGGAGGUUGCAGUGAGCCGAGAUCGUGCCACUGCUCUAGCCUGGGUGACACAGCGACACUGUGUCUCAAAAAAAAAAUUUUUUUUUAAUUAAAAAAAAAAAGGAAUAUAACCUAUUUGGAAAUGUUUCUUUUUACUUGGGCUUUUGUAUUUGAGAAUUCAUAAUAAGGCAAGAUGCGCACACCAGGUUGUCCUUCACCUUGUUCUGAUUUAAUUGUUUAAUUGGAGGUUUCUGUUUGGGUAGAAGAGGAGAAGGAGUGUAUUAGUUCCCAAAUCAAAACCUUUAAAUUUUAGCAUUGAGGUUUUCAUUUAAAAAAAUAUUAAAAUAGCCUCAGCCUUCUAUCCCUCCUCAAGGACUGCAAAGCAAAUGUAAUGUUAUGAAGACUUUUGAGCAUUGUUGAUGCUUGUCUUACAGAAUUCCUGGCUCAGCUCUUUAUGGACACAGGUUAUGAAGAAGUGGUAAACGAGUAUGUGUUUCGAGAGACGGUGAAUAAAAAAGAAGGCCUGUG